AUGGGCGCGAGCAGCCAGUCUGCCUUGGGCCUGGCAACCACAGAGUCUGCGUUCAUUCAGCUUUGUGUAGACUUUGCAAUAUCUCGUAUUAACCUAGAGCGCAAGAAUUUCCAAAGAGAGGCGGUGAAAUGCAUUUCAAGUCUCACAGAAAAUACCCCCAACAUUGCCCAGGAGCUGGUCAAAUGGCUGCACAUAGCCGUUAAUCACAGUCACAACAUCGGGCUUUGCAACUUCCCGUAUGAGAACCGCAAUUGUAUCCAUAUCGACCAGCUUGCAGCAAUGGCAUUACAAGAAGAGAACAAAUUAGACGCUGUAGGCAGAUGGUCAUGUUUUUCCUUAGUGCGACAUCACAUCUCGGUGCUUGCCCAUCACAUACGGGCACCAAAAGAGCUUGUUGCCGACUCUUUUCAUUUGGGACACAUGUUGCAAACAUAUGAUGUUUAUGCCAUUGAUCCAUUUCCAAGUGUACCAGGACCAGUGCGCGAUUCACAUACAAACCUCCGCGGAAUUCUGAAUCGUAUAUUCAAAACCACCGGAGAGGAAAAGAAACUUGUCGAGGACGGUCUCCUUUACUUGAACAAAACUUCAUUUUCUUUCACCUUCGAGCAAUUUGUGAAACAAUACGAGCAGCCUUGUCCUCAAGUUCAUACGGAAGUUCAAGUCCUAGAGCACUUUUACCAGAAAAAGCUCUUCUUUGCGGACGAUGGCGGCAUGUCUAUUCAUACUCGUCAAUUCAAUUACAACGUCUCCCAUGGGUAUCAAUUUGUGGUGCUCUAUCUCGUGUACAGUCUCUACAUCCAUCUGAUUCGAUAG